GGACGGGACGCUCCGGCGGGUGGGCUGUGGGACGAUGCGGUUCGGGUCCAGGUAGACCAUGCGGACAGUGAACUGAAAUUUUACCAUUCUGCCUUCAAGGUAAGAACGACAACAUAUGAGGAGGUGAAUUCUAGCUUGAACGGGUUUUACUGUCGGGACUUUGUGGAAUUAAACUGAGUGUAUAUAGCGCUGUAGGUCGAAAUGGACCGGCACAGAGCAGUACCGCAAUGCAGAGCAGUGAAUUACCGGUGCCGCUCAGUCGUCAUUAGGUUGAAGUGAUGUAAGGAGCUGCGCAGCUGCUUUCGGGGGGCUCGGGGUUUUCGGGAGAAUGCGACAAAAGUGAGUAGCAUUAGACAGAGAGGAGAUUUUACCCUCCUUCCUUGCACUUUUGUCAUGUAAAGAGGAGAAAGUGUCUCUGCAGAGGAGGAGACAAGGUGAAAGUGUCUGAUACUGUAGGCCUAUGCGUCAAGGACGUAGGAAGCUGCUGAGGCAUCUAUGUGUUAAAAGUCUUAUCUGUCCUUGAUGGGCAAGAGGGCAACUCCCCAAAACGUGAAACACUGCUUUAAAAAUGUGUUUCUUUACAGUCAUGUCAUGAGAUCUGCAGCUAUGACUCAUUAAGUUCAACAUAUGUGGAUGAAUUUAAUGUUGGAAAGGCUGUUUAAUGAUAAAUCCACAUUCAUUCUGUGAAUAUCAAUGACUUUUCUCUCUCUUGUCCCCCUGGGCUGCAACAGAAAAAAACAAAAUGCUUGAGUCCAAACUGUCAUGGCUGCAGAAUGGUCAGGGGGAGAGGGAUUAUUCCUCCCCUCUCAUCCUCACAUGAGGCUGGAUCCUGUGUCCUGGCCUCAAUUUCACAUAUUCAAGAGCCCAAAAUGAGUAAUCUAACCAAACUAUGCCCACUCAAAUGUGUAAACCACUAACUGAGAAUGAUUCAAGAGUACAAAAGUGAGUUUGAGUGUGAAAUCUCUGCAGCUCUAAACAUGGUCAUUCAUGGAAAUCACUAAGACACUCGGCUUAAUACAUGUGCUGACCUAAAUUUCUCUGCUCUGUCCAAAGAGGAUCUGUGAUGGGAUUAUACACAGGGGAAACCCAAUCUGAUGUAUGAGAAUUACAGUCAUUGAUCGAACAGAUUGUUCCAGCUGAGCCGAAGUUUAAUGUAAAGGUACUACAGAAGCUUAAAUGUGCAUAAUCAUGAUUUGUGAUUGUUUUCCUGAUUGAUUUUUGCCUGAUGAUACCAUCACUAUGAUCACUACAGUGCUCACAUUUUUCUACGCUUGCACCCAAAUUAAAGCGGUUUGAAGACAUAAACAUGUGUAAAUAAGGAGAUGUGUAUCUGAUAGCAAACGGGUUGUUCUGAAGUGACAUUAAUGUUGAGUCAUCAAGAGUGCACAUGAGGUGUGAGUGCUGCAGUCUGCAUGUGGAUGAGCUGAGUGCAGGGUGUGUGCCUCUGCUCUCUCUCUCGCUCUGUUCCCUCUAUUUCUGGGAGGUUGAUGGGAGGCGGCUCUCUGGCAGCUAAUCCUUGCAACACUGUGCUGUUUCUUUUUUCUUUCUCCUUAUCACAUCCACAAUGACUCAGCAGAGGACUGUUACUGUCUGGCUGCGAGCUAUCUGUUGUCAGAUUGUGGGUCCCGUGGGUGGUCGCAGCAUUCAAUUCAAACAACUUAGCCUCAAGUGUAAUUUCUUCAACUUGAAUAGUUAACUAAAGGUUCUUAAGUUGUUUGUCGAAAAAGAAAAAAAGCAACAUUUUUCUCCAAGAAUCUAUUUUUCUGAUGCACCUCUUUGGAUUUACUGUCUCUCAUCACAUCCUCAUGACCCUUGACACCAUCGGAAGAUUACUAUCAGAGCCGUAAGCCGACUGUUAUGUUCAGAUGUUUCUGAGGCACUUUCAGUAAACAAGGAGCUGCAGGGCAGGGGCAUGUCCAGGGGGGUUGAACUGGGGUGGCAACGCUCCACCCAGAAAUCUGAUUGGUCACCCAAAUGAAACUAAGAAUGUGUCCGAAAUGAAUCACUCAAUCCCUAACCCCUAACCCCCAUAUGGGGUUUCACUAUACAGUGGAUAUAAAAAGUCUACACACCUCUGUUCAACUGCCAGGUAUUUGUCAUGUAAAAAAAUUAAAUCAAGAUAAAUAAUUUCACAACUUCUUCCAACUUUAAUGUGACCUAUAACCUGUACAACAUAACUGAAAAACAAACAGAAAUCUUUCAGGGAGGUGAAGUAAAAAUAAACAACUGAGAUCAUGUGGUUGCAUAAGUGUGCAAACCCUUUAAUAACUGGGGAUGUGGCUGUGUUCAGAUUUAACCAAUAACAUUCAAACUCAGGUUAAAUUGGAGUCAGCACACACCUGUCACCAAUUAAAGUGCCUCUGAUCAACCCCUAAUAAAGUUCAGCUGUUCUAGUUGCUUUUCCUUAUAUUUUGUAGCCACAUCUUCCAGCACAAGCCAUGAUCUGCAGAGAGCUUCCAAAGCAUCAGAGGGAUCUCAUUAUUCAAAGAUAUCAGUCAGGUGAGGGCUACAAAGAAUUUCCAAGGAAUUAAUACCGUCACAGUUAAGACCAUCAUCAUUAAGUGGAGAAAAUAUGGCACAAUGGUGACAUUACCAAGAACAGGACGUCCGUCCAAAAUUGAUGAUAAGACAAGAAGAAAACUGGUCAGGGAGGCUACUAAGAGGUUGACAGCAACACUGAAGGAGCUGCAGGAAGUACUGGCUGUGUAGUACAUGUGACAACAAUCUCCCGCUGUCUUCAUAUGUCUGGGCUACGGGGUAGGGUGGCAAGACGGAAACCUUUUUUUUACAAAGAAAAACAUCAAAGCCCAGCUUAACUUUGCAAAAAGACAUCUGAAAUCUCCCAACAAAUGUGGGAAAAUGUGUUAUGGUCUGAUGAAACCAAAGUUGAACUUUUUGGGCAUCAUUGCAAAAAGUAUAUUUGGCGCAAAGUUUACACUACUCAUCACCAAAAGAACACCAUACCCACAGUGGCGCAUGGUCGUGGCAGCAUCAUGCUUUGGGGCUGUUUUUCUUCAACUGGAACUGGUGCCUUAGUCAGGGUGGAGGGAAUUUUGUGUCUAUUUCCUCAAUUAGAAGCAAGAAGCAUGUUCCUGUCAACUUUCUUGAACCAUUUUCCAACAGACUGAUAAUUGCUGUAAGAUGUAACGUACAUGAGUGGAAGCUGAAAUGAGACAGUAAUAGUACUCCAUGUAUCGGGAAGUUUUGGGACGCUAAAACAUGAGAGGACUAUGAAUGAUAAAAGAACGUAACUAUUGACAGAAUCAUCUAAACAAGGUUUUAAGUGGAGUACAUGUAAACACAUGAAAUCAGAUUAUAACCACUGGCCAAGGAAUCAUAUUCAAGCUAUUCUCUGUGAGCAAUCUUUGGAAAUAUUAAUGAUCAAUUAUUGAUUACUUGUUAAAACAAUUAUGAGAAAUAAAAUGAAACUUUGAUUUUUUUCAGUGAAAGAGACAGUUUCAGAUGGAUUCAUGACAUAGAGCAUAAAUUGUGUAUUAGAUUUAAGACCAUGACUGGUAUGUAUGUGAACUGCAACAAUAAACGACAUGAUUCUGUCCUUAAUUUCAGUGUUGAUGUUGGGGUUAGGGUUAGCUGGUAGCCAGUUACUGUUUUAGAUUUUAAAUGCUGUCAUUUUAGAUGGGAGAAAUGUGUUAUCAUGCAGGGGGGUGCCAACAUUGCCCGAGAGCAGCUGUCUGCAGUGUCUGUAAAUAUUACUUGUUUGUUGUUUUAAAAAACAGCCUUGUAAGGGCAGAAAUCAGCUAAUGUUGUAAUAUCAAAAUGGCAUUAAUUGCACUUUAAAUCAGCUGAACCAAUCAAUAGGUUUGACUCCAAGUAGUUACACUUGUUACAUCUAUAAUGACAUGCAUUGUACAACUUUUCUAGUUUUUGCCAACACUAAGCACAUACUGGAUAAAAAUGCUUUUAUUUUCCCCUGAUAUAAAACCUGUACCUGACUGCUUCGCCUCAUUGGAUUUACUGAAUUUAAGAUCACAUGAUGAGGUCAUGGAUUACCGAAAUGUUACUGUGCUGUUACUGCAUCAAGAUUAUUAAAAUGAAAAUGCUGUAGUAUGUGGGCGAUCAUCCUGACUUGGAUGAUAGCAAACUCCCUCAGCUCUCUGAUUCAACCUGUUGUACCUUUGCAUCCUUGAUUUAGAGCGUUGCAGUGGGAUAAGUAAGUCUGCUCAAAGCUUGCACAAAGAUACUUUCCUUCUGGUUUAAAAAAAGCAGAGAAGCAUAAUCAGUCAUACAAUCCUCCCUCUGCUCAUCUGCUUCUUUUCAUAUUUAUCAAACAUCUCUCCAGUCUUUCUUUUAGCAUCCCUGUGUCUAUGUCUUAUUAAACAAUGAGAGCUGAAUCCCUGCAGUUGCUCACAACACUGCUGCUUUGCAUUCAUCCUACAGACCCAGUGUGUGUGUGUGGAUGUGUGACAGCAUAUCAAGAGCCGUCUAGGUCCCGCGGUGCUAUCUUGCGUUUUGUUUACACAACACACAGAGCUUGUGUGUUGGUGCGUGUCUCCUGCAGGUGGAUGUCCUGAUGGAUGUGCACGCACUCUGCAGAACUAUUUCCAGUGUUCUGCUGAGUCAUUCACAUCCUGAAUUAUUUAUACACACUGGAGAGCUUCAGCAAGCACAAGCUCCGUUUCUGGUGUUGAAAGUCAUGCACAGUCUUUUGUCGAGAAUUGAAAUCUGGAGCCUAAAGUCUUAUAUUUCUGUCUCUUCUUCAGCCCUCUCCAGUUCAUGUCCAGUCCAUCCACUUCUACUCUGUGUCCCUUUGCCCAUCUGCCAAACUCACGUGGCUGCUGUGAGCCCCUUUGACCGUCAUGGCGGCCACUGCUUUAUUACUCCUGGCCCUCUCCUCCUCCAUCUCCUUCACAGGUAACAGAAUUAAUUCACAGUAUGAAUCAGGCUUUUAUUUCAGGUCCUGUCAUUUGUUUGCACUUUGUACACUAUUCUUGUUGCUUUAUUAAUGAUGAGACAGCACAAAAUAGUCUGUGGUAGUUUGUGGAACAUUGCGGUGUUCCUCAGGGUUGAGUUGUGGUCCCACUCCGUUUUAACACUUUAACACACACAGCCUUUUUACUUUCUUUUGACAACACACAGCUUGAUUUUAAAGAUUUAAAUCAUGACUUGGGCGCAACAUGUGGUCUUCUAAAAUGUGACGAGUUGACUGAUUGUAUUUUCACUUACAGUGGCGGUCCUUUUUGGUGAGCCCAGAAUUUAUGGAGGUGAGUUCAGCUCUUCAGAAAAUCCUUAUUUUAGAUAUUCCUCUGUAGGGAUGACCUUUAAAAUGUCAUGUAAAACUUUUCAGAGGAUGCUACUGGAUAUGGCCCCAUCUUUGAGGAGGAGCCUGUGGAUGUGGUCUACACUGAGGAUUCACCCGAUGGGAGAAUCUCCAUGAAUUGCAGGGCGCGAGCGAACCCUCCUGCUUCAUACAGGUUACUAACAUUCAAAGAAAUUUCCUUUUAAGCAUUUGUAUUUUGUAUAUUCAACUUUAUAUUUAUGUAUUCUAUCAUGGUGUUGUAUCACUGUAAGGUGGCGCCGUGAUAACUGGGAAAUAAAGCUCAUGGAGCAGCCAGAUGAACACUACAGCCUGGUCGGGGGGAACCUGGUGAUCACUAACCCCAGACAGAAGAAACACGCCGGGACGUACAUAUGUGUGGCCAAAAACAUCUACGGCACCGUGAUCAGCAAAGAGGCCAGGGUCAAGUUUGGAUGUGAGUGUGUGAAUCCUGAUGGUGCAGCUCCAGUCCCUGGUGAUGGAGUAAAAUUAGAUGCUUAUCUUUCAUAUAUAUAUUUGAGGCUCUCCUGAAAUUUCCCUUCAUUUAUGUUUUUUUACUGUACAGCUUAUAUGUGAGUCCAAUCAACCUCAAGCUCUGAGACUUAUGCACAAUCCUUUCAUUUUGUAAUCCAAACUGUAUGUCAUUCUCCACUGUCAUGCAAAACCUUCAAUAGCCAGACUCCUGUACAGUAGAGUGUGAACUCUACCUGGUCAGGCUGCUCAAGUGUAUUUAAAGACCAUUUUUACCUAAUUUCCAUCUGCAAUCAAUCAAUUCCUCUUUACUUUGCAUGUUCUCUGGACCACUUGGGCCAGUUUAAAUACUGUCUUAGGGGACUAUGUUGCUCAUUGUUAAUUACUGAAACUGCAUCAAUGAUUCAUAAGCCCCCUGCAUUAGAGCUGAAAGGAGCCACCUCUAGGUGAACACUUGGACACUGACUCUAGGGCAGGUUUUCUCUAAGCUAGCAUGUCUUCAGAAAAACACCGGUUCCUUCCAGUGCUUUUAGCAUAAUCUCAUUCAGGGCUACUGUUACAUCAAACUGUAGACAAUGAUAGGCAAGCACAAAGUACACAAUCAUAGUCAUUUUCUGAACACUUUUCCCCUGUCAGUCGGGUGUUUUUUUUUUACUGUGGCAAUAAUGAUAUAUUGUAGUAAUAAUAAGGAGAUUAGAAUAAGAAUUAGAUGAAUGAACACCCGCUUUUAAGACUCUAAAAUAAAUAAAACAGAUUUUUUUAAAUUCUUUUUUGUAUUGAACCAGAUAACAGAAAAAUCCAUAAGCCACAUUUGUACAAUAAAUCCUGUAUAAAAAGGGACACUUAAGAGUGAUAAAAACAUCACUAUUUCAAGAUUUUCUUGAUUUUAUUAUUUUUGUAUAUUUCUCUUCAAUUGAAAUACCUCUCUUUUUUCAUCUCUUCAAUCUGCGACACAGUUUUGGAGGAGUUUCCUCAGGAGGAACGAGAUCCAGUGUAUGUGAAAGAAGGACAGGGGGCCGUUCUGUUGUGUGCCCCUCCAAAAUCUUGGCCACGUACGUACACAUCUGUCUCACCUCUGUUGGAUACAAGGACAGUCCUGUGACAAUAACAAUGGCGACUAAUCAACAUCAUUCUCUUUGCUUUUUCAGUUGAGGUAACCUAUCGCUGGAUCUACAACGAGUUCCCGGUCUUCCUGCCAACAGAUAAUCGUCGGUUUGUCUCCCAGAAGAACGGUAACCUUUACAUCUCCAAAGUUGAAGCUCAGGAUGCCGGGAACUACUCCUGCUUUGUUUCCAGCCCCAUUAUUGGGAGGAGCGUCUUCUCAAAGUUCAUCCCUCUUAUCCCUCUUUCACCUGAUGAUGGUUAGUAGAGGACAGCUGUGUUACUCAUUGAAAAGAAAAAUGCUGCCUUAUUCUUUAUAUUAGAAGCAUAAAAGAAAAUAUGACAAAAACCAUGUCCAGUUUUGGUAAUGUUUCUAUUUUCUGUCUGUUUUUUGCCUCAGGUGAGGAGAGAAAGUACCCAGCAGACAUCAGGGUGAAGUUCCCUGAUACUACCGCCAUGCUGGCCUCUAAUAUUACCUUAGAGUGCUUUGCUUUAGGAAAGUAAGUUUCCAGGACUUUGUUGAACUUUCUCCCUCAGUUUAGUAAGAAGAUAAAACUAAACUCCAUCACUUCUUUGUGUCCUUUCAAGCCCAAUCCCUCACAUCGUUUGGAGGAAAGUGGACGCCACAGAUCUCCCUGCGAACCAUGAGAUCAGCGAAUCAGGAGCAGUGCUACAUCUGUACAAUGUCCAGUAUGAAGAUGUGGGUGGAUAUGAGUGUGAGGCCAUUAAUACGAAAGGGAAGGACUGGCACAAGGCCUGGCUGUAUGUGGAGUGUAAGUGGACACCCUGGGGUGCACAUUUCCAACAUUAGAUUUUGGGUUACAAGCUCGGUGUUGUGAUAAGAUCUCACAAUUGAAUUUGACGUACGGUAAGAGGAGGUCUGUGUCUCUGUUGUUUGUCCAUCGCUGCCAUCUGUGUUGUGUAAAUAUAAGUCAUCUUGAAGCGCUAUUGGGGUAAAAAUUUUAAAUUGUGUUAAACAUAACGUCAUUGAAGCUGAUUUUGCCUCUGCAGCUGCUCCAGAGUGGGCGGAAACCAUCAACAACACUCAGAUAGACAUUGGCUCAGAGCACACGAUGCGCUGUGUGGCGUCAGGGAAACCGUUUCCUUUCAUUCGCUGGUACAAAGAUGGGUAUAUGGUAAAAGUUGUAUUUCUUUCUCUGAGUAAAUAAAUAUGGAAGUACUUUUUUUGUAUUAAGUUUGACUUAAAUGUUAUUGGUGUGUUUGUUUUUUCCAGUAUGGGAAGGGGGAGUUGAAGUUUUCCAGUCUCACAUUUGACGAUUCAGGAAUGUACCAAUGUAUCGCCGAGAACUACUGGGGGAUCAAAUAUGCCAACGCUGAGCUGCAAGUUAUUGGUAAAUCCUUUCCAAACACUGUAUAUUUAUUCACUCAUUAUCAACAAGAUGUGAAAAAGUCUUUUUGGUUUAAAAACGUAUAAAUCCACUCUUGCUUGAGGGCAUGAAAUCGGGAAAAACAACGUCUUUAAAUGCACAUUCUCCUGACAGCCUGUCCUCCUACAUUUGAGUUUAACCCUGUGAAGAAGCAGCUUCUUGGUGCCAAAGAUGGACGUGUGGUGAUUGAAUGUAAACCCAGAGCUGCCCCUAAACCACGAUACACAUGGACCAAGGGCAAAGAGCUCCUCUACAACACUUCACGGUCAGUCCAACUAAUAUUAUCCCAAAUUACCUACCCCAAAAAAAACCAAAAAACAUAGGCUUAACAGAAUUUUAUGUCAUGAAAUCAAGGCUGAAAACUCGCCUGUGUACAAUCCCUUUCAUUCAAUUAUUUUGAUAACUUUAUUUCAAUAAAUAAGCUAUUUAACUGUAUAAUUCUUACCUGUACCCUAACAUCUGGAUUUUAAGUCACACAUGAGAUGUAACCUGUGUCUGGAAGCAAAAUGAGUUUAGACUACCAUGCUGCAAGAAAACUAUAGCAAAGUCAGCAACAGUGAAGCAUGAUCUGAUCUCACAAUGCUGUGUUUACAGUACUGCUAGGUACCUUUAGUGCACUUGGAUCAAACCAGCUCUUACUCUAAGUGAUGAGAGGUACUGGUUCUGGACCAAAACUCGUAGAAGUCUUUUCAAUAAAAAACGCACUCCUCAACCUUUAUUUACUGAAUAAACUCAUCAGAUUUCUUUAGAUUUAGAUGCACUACAAAGAGUGAGAAGAGCUGGUCCGGCUUACUCCUUGGCAUAUUAGCUGCAUCUCACUUUUUAGAAGAGAAAAACAAUAAUGAAGAAAAAAUUCUGUCAUCGAAUUAAAUAUAUUUAUAUCUCCUAAAAUUUUGCAGCUUCUUUCCUAGAUUUUUCAGUUCAUCUUCUCUUGGCUUUUUGAUCAGUUUUUUUAAUCUUUUAAAAUGCUUUUUUUUUAUGAAAAUUGUUAAAACUCUGUCAACCAGCUUAAACUUUGUUGAUUUUGUUCUUUUUUUAGCAUUUCCAUCAUGUUGGAUGGGAGUCUCGAGAUACUUAAUGCCACCACGAACGAUGAGGGCACGUACACUUGUUUUGCUGAGAAUGACAGAGGGAAGGCCAACAGUUCAGGUUAUCUGACCAUCACAGGUCAGUACAUAUGCUGAUGUGGAUGUCAAAUAUAAAUACACACUGCAGGAAUUGUUGCAAGGGAUUUAAAGGGAUAUUCUGGCGUAAAAUUAACUUAGGGUCAAACUAUAACACAGAGUUAAACACCCACGUCGAGAGAUGAAUGUUGCCAACCGCUUGCUUCUCUAGUUAUACCAACUUUAGUCACGACCAUGCAAUAGCAAUAUAUAGUGGUCUGAGGAGCCACAAACAAACCUCAACCAAAAAGCCACUCUAUAGGCACAAAUAAUGCUCGGAACAGCACCUAACUUCAUCAACAGUACAUAUAGGGUCCCAGCCAUAGUACUAGCCACCAAACAUCUUUUUACUUUUGCCUAAUUUCUUUAGCACAGAGACUAAACACAACUCAACUACUCUCUUCUAGUAGCCGCUUGUUUGUAGCGAGACCUCAGGCCAGUCCAUCAAAAACUACAGCGGGGUGACACAGCUCAAGGAAGAACAUUUAUGAUCAUUACUUUAUCAUUUCCUUGAAGUAAUAAUUUUCAUAUUAAUCAUUUUGCACUGCAGACGCGGUAGUUCUUCUGCCUUAGCGUCUCGGUCUGAUUGCAUUUCCAUGAAGAAAUGAUCAUAAAUGUUCUUCCUUGAGCUGCUUCACCCCGCUGCAGUCUGUAAUGAACUGGCCCGAGGUCUCGCUACAAACAAGUGGCUGCUGGAAGAGAGUAGGUGAGUUGUCUCUUUGCUAAACAAAUUUGGCAAAGUUAAAAAGUUGUUUGGUGGCUAGUGCUUUGGCUGGGACCCUAUAUGUACUGCUGAUGAAGUUAGGUGCUGUUCUGAGCAUUAUUUGUGGCUAUAGAGUGGCGUUCUGGUUGAGGUUUGUUUAUGGCUCCUCAGACCACUGUGUAUUGCUAUCGUGUGGUCGUGACUAAAGUUGGUAUAACUAGAGAAGCAAGCGGUUGGCAACAUUCAUCUCUCGACGUGGGUGUCUAACUCUGUGUUAUAGUUUGACCCUAAGUUAAUUUUACGCCAGAAUAUCCCUUUAACUCCUGGUGUUUUCUCUCUGUAGAGGCGACUGUCCUCACAGAAGCACCUGAAGACUCUGAGGUCCAAGUCGGUGAUGAGGUGGUUCUGAAGUGUGCUGCUUCAUAUGACCCCAUGCUGGACAUCACUUUCAUCUGGGCCAUCGACUUCAGGGUCCUCGACUUUCAUGCUGAGUGGCCACACUAUGAACGUGUCAUGGUAUGUUUGAGGUACAUGUGGGCCUCGUACGAGUCCCCAGCUCUGUCUCUGACCUCACCCUCUUCCUUCCUCCCUCUUCCUCUUCUCGUUGUUGCCUCCUGUUGCUCAGAAUGAAGAUGGAAGAGGAGACCUGAGAAUAAAAAAUGCCCAGAUCUGGCACGAAGGUCGCUACACCUGCACCGCUCAGACAGUGGUGGACAGCGACACAGCUUAUGCUGAUCUCAAGGUUGUAGGUCAGUCACAAAUUCUGAUGUUGUUUUUAGUCUAAUGUAGAAAAGUAAAAAGAGCAGAGCAGAGCAGACCAUCACCAUAACAAGUGGUUUUUACUAGUUUCUCACCGUACAAACAUUUUUCUGGGCUGAUCUAGGUGUUCCCGGCCCUCCCGGUGUGAUCCGGAUAGAAGAGAUUGGGGAUACGUGGGUGAAACUAGUGUGGUCCAAAGCAGCGGAUCACAACAGCCCUAUUCUCUCCUACACUAUUCAGACCAGACACUUCUGGGCCCUGAAUGAAGAUGACUGGAAAGACGCAAGCACCUGUGAGUACUGCUGACUGUCAGCAGGGGGCAAACUACACAAAAGCAACACAUCAAACGCAUGAAACAAUACUUGAUGGGAAAUUUAUUGUUCUUCCAGCUCCAACCACCCUUGAUGGCAACGCAGAUAGAGCAGAAGUGACAGACCUGUACCCCUGGAUGGAGUAUCAGUUCAGGAUAAUCGCCACCAACGAGUAUGGCUCCGGGGAGGCCAGCAUCCCCUCCCUCAAGAUCAAAACCUGGGAUGCUGGUAAGAGGAUGUUUUUCACAGCACACAUCUUUUAGUUAUAAUGGAGCAAAAACACCAACAAUUCUCUUUACUUCAGCUCCAGUGGUUUCUCCCACGGAUGUAGCCGGGUAUGGAGGCAGAAACGGUGAAAUCGUCAUCACAUGGACUGUAAGUAAUCCUUUAGUUCAGACGUCUGAUUAUCCAGAAAAUUUAAAAUUGCUUGUACCCGCUGUAAGCAUAUUUUUUUCUGUUAUUCUAACUUUUAGCCUGUGGAGCCAUGGUUUUUCUCUGGCAAAAAGUUUGGCUACAUUGUGGCUUUUAAGCCCCAUGAUGCUUACGAUUGGUGGUACGAGACUAUCUCCGACCCUGAGACAAGGCGCCACGUUCACAGGGACUCAUACUUCAUCCCCACUGAGGAAGACUUCCAGGUCAGAGAGUUUCAGGUGAAGAUUAAGUCAUUUAAUGUCAAAGGGGACGGACCAUACAGCCUUACCAAGGUCAUCUACUACCCAAGAGAUGGUGAGUGUUCGGAUUUUUAAUUUGAUUUCCAUUUUGGACUCUAACGUCCUUAGAAAAUGUGACAACUGAAGCGGUUGAUGUAACCUCUUUGCUUUUUGGACAUUUGCAGUACCUACAGAGUCUCCAACAGACGUCUAUGCCAGGCCGGUGUCCUCCACUGAAGCUCUGGUGUGGUGGUUGCCGGUGGUCGACACUGGAACAGGCCUGCAACAGUACAUCGAGGGAUACCAGGUACACAGCUUCAAAUGGACUACUGAGAUUUGAUCCAAUCCUAUCUGCUUUAUUCAUAUAGCACAUUUUAAAAAACAUUCAAGUUUGCCAAAGUGCUGCACAGUAAAAUUUUAAAGAGCAAACACUACAGAAAAACAUCACAAGGAAAUAAAUAAAAGCAGGUAACAAAACAUUUAAAAUGAAAUAAAAAACACAAAAGCAUAAAAGAAAUAAAAGUGAUAAAGGGACAAUAAAAAGAUGUAAAAGGACAGAGAUCACACAACUCUUAUGCUGAGCUAAAAGCCAAGGAAUGAAAAUGAGUUUUAAGACGUGAUUUAAAUGUAGAAAGAGUAGGAAUGUUUUGAUCCUGAGUGGCAAUUGGUUCCACAAUUUGGGAGCCACAGCCAAUAAAGCUUGGUCGCCACGGGUUUUUAAAUGAGUUUUUGGGACAAGUUAGCAGACUUCAAGGAACGUGGGGGAGUGUAAACAUUUUAAAGGUCGGAAAUGUACAGUGGUGGUGAUCAGUUUAGAGAUUUAAAAACAAUGAAAUUUUGAAAUUAACUCUAAAAUGAACAGGAAACCAAUGGAGGGAUGCCAGAAUCCAUUGGCUACUGAGAUUUAAUGUCUCAAAAACUCAAGAAAUUCAGAUUUUAACGAGAUCAUUGUGUUACAUUCUACCCAAAAACAUACUAGCUCUAAAGCUGAUGAGAGAUUUUUAUUCAUUUUAGUUAAAAAUCUCCUCAAAUCUUCUGGAAUGGGGAAUAUUUAUUUAAAAUGAAGGAUAAGUGACUCUUUGUACUCAAUCUCUGCAUGUAGGUGUACAUACACAGUGAACUAAACCUUAAAUAAGCUGGAAGACAGAAGCUUCAAUGUGAUUGUUUUUAGGGAAACAGUUAAGACUUCAUCUCAAUUAUUAAUUUACUGGCAAAAACAAAACUGACAAUCAAAGAAAUGAAUCAAGAUUUUUCAUGGGGACUUCUUUUCAUCCUUUUUUCUAAGAGGUUGUGUUGCAGCAGAUUUUGCUGACUCAUCCUUCACAUAUUCAACAUUGAUGUCAGCGUUAGCGUGCAGGUUAAAGGAGAACACCACAGCUUUGAAAUGUUCCCUCUCUAACCCUCAUAUGUUCUCUUUCUUCAUGAAUCAGAUCAAAUACUGGAGGAAGUAUGAUGAUCCAGAGCCGGGAGCAAACCGUAUCUUUGUUGCAGCUACAGUCAACCAGACCAGGCUGGAGAACAUGCUGCCAGACUCCCACUACCUCAUUGAGGUCCGUGCCUUCAAUGGAGCUGGGCUUGGACCGCCUGGUGAACAUUGUGAAAUGUUCACAAAGAGACCACGUAAGAUCGAUGACUCAGCAUUAAACCUGAGUUAUGUGAUUAAAGCGACAUAGUGAUACAGAUUUAAUUUAUUAAAUGUUUUCUUUUUGUUCACAGCACCGCCAGACCCUCCCAGGAUGUGGCGCUAUGUCACUUGGACAGGACAGUGGAUGUAUGUGUGGUGGGAUCACAUUUCUUAUGACUGGUUUGGAAACAUCUCCUUCCCUCUGUACUACAAGGUGGGUGUGAUGACGCACGGCUGCCAUCAUGUUUUCAUGAGAUUCAAGACUAACUCAGACGUGUGCUGUUUUCAGGUCAUGUUCAGAAAGACCGGCUACUACUACGGGAAGGUCUACAUCACCGGUUGGCACUUCAUGGACUUUCCCAUGCCUCAGACGGGAGACUAUGAGCUGAUGGUGCGCGGUCGUUAUGAAGGAGGAGACGGCCCAGUCAGGAAAAUUAGGAUUAUGGGUGGGUCUUAAAAAGUUGCUGAUCUGAGAUUUGGGGCUCUAUUUUCGUGCCCGCUGGCGCUGUGGUAUUUUCAUCUGGUGGAGCUCAGUGCACAGCCAGUUUGGUAUUUUCAUAGACUGAAGCUCACCGAGGUGUGCCAAGCUGGGCAUGGUGGCAUGGCAGGGGGAGGUGUCAACAGAGUCAGCGGGCGCAGUGACAUUUUCAUGCUUGCCACUAGCGUGAAAAGUGUGCUAAAAGCUCGCCGAUUCAAACCUGGUCAACUCUCAGCGCAGGCGGAGCGCAGCUAGUCUAGUGGUCAUCAAUGGUCAUGCACACAGGUCAUCAAUGCCUCACAGGCAGUUUCCACAGUGUCAGGCACAUUUCAGUGCAAUAAAUAAUCAAAAUGACCAAUAGAAAGGGAGAGAUAUGAUUGGUGAAAACAGGACUCGGCUGUGUUAAACCCACUCCACACCCUCUCUCCUCCCUCUCUACUACUUACGCUGCUGGGAGGAGCUGAGUUAGGGAGGGGGGAUACUUUGGCCGGGCUGUGUCACUCACCAAAAUACUAAAAUGUGCUUGGGCACACCUUGUCGGUGCGACAGACCUGACUUACGCCAAACCUGUGCCACGUGAGGCAUGAAAAUAGAGUCCUUGGUGUUUUUUUUUUGUUAAUUUUUUUUCCUGGUCCAUUUUUCUCAUGUCUCUCUUUUCUCACCUCAGGUACGGCAUCCAUGACCACGCCCACACUUAGCCUGGUGACUUUGGUGCUGCUGGCAUUGUGCAUCAUGGGACUGGAGAUUUGAGUGUGCCACAGGUGACAUGUGUAUAAAAGACUCUUUGAAGUAGAUUUGGGACCUAAAACAAUAUUCAAACACUCUUCGUACUGAUAAUAAACAUGUGUCAUGCUUUUAUUCUGCAUCUGUUUAGUUUGAACAUCACACAGGAAGCAGUUUUGAUCAAAGACAAUAUGAUGUUAUCUUUGCUUUUUCUCUUAUUUUUAAUUUGAUCUAAAUAAAAAUAAAAAAAUAGGCUAAAAAUGAAAACACUGGCAUCCGGCCAUUUUUUUGUUUAAUUUAUUCUUGUUAGUUUUAAAUCUCAGUUUUUGACUUUAGCCAAACAAAGACUGGUGUUUUUCUCUUGUUUAUUUUAGUCGAUAUGUGUCACUUCAUUCUGCAGAUAAGCUAUCCACACACACACUCCUCAGAGGAAAUAUGUAGAAGGCUUUGUGGUGGUAGAGUGGGAGAAUUAUUUUUGCAGUAUGUCUAUUUCAGCCUCGAGAAUGGGUUUAUAUUAUUCAUAACACGCACUUUGAAUAUCUCAGAUGGUCAUGAAAUGAAUACUAUAGUAUGUAAAAACUGUAUAAUAAUCACUGUUUUUUGUUUGAAUGAGCAGAGGAUAAGUUAGCGUACACAGUUUUAUCACGUCUCCAUGUUUCUUUGCACAGGGUAUCACAUUUGUAGCAGCUUAGUCAACAUCUGCAUCAGAAGCUGUAAUGUAUUCUCAAUUGCAGACACUUCUUAAACUUCUUGAAGAGUUUUCUUUUUUUUUUUUUUGUAAUGGUGCUGUUCGACAGGGAUGAAAUUAAAGAUUUGAUGUCUAGCUGCAGUCAUGAAAGCCACUUCCUUUGGGACCAUGAUGUAAGACUCAAAUGAGUAAUUGGGCUGGAGUGGGGUAGAAAAUGCUGUAUACCACAAAUGUUUAUGCUGAUGUCCUUUAUUACAAACCAUUAAACAACAAUCUAUAAUAUACC